AUGACAACUCUUGAAUCGACACAUCCCGUCCUGAUCAUAGGCGGGGGUCCCUCUGGUCUUCUCCUGGCAUUCAUACUGUCUCAAUUCGGAGUCCCCUCCCUCCUCGUUGAACGGUACAACACCCGCCUCGCCGCGCCAAAGGCACACGCCCUCUCCCCGCGUUCACUGGAACUAUGCCGCCAGGUCGGACUGGAUGUGAACGAGAUGCGAGCGCAGGGCACCUCUCGCGCAGAUGCGUACUGGGUGAAUUUUAUUACGAGUCUGGGGGGGAGGUUGGUCGGGAGGUUGCCCUAUGAGAGGAUGGAUAGGGAGGUUCUGGAUGCGACAUCGAUGAUGAUUCAUAAUAUCCCACAGCCGGAUUUCGAAGAAUUGGUCGCGAAACGGGUGCGCAAGAGUCCGCUUGUUGGAAUCCGCAAGAACCAUUCAUUCGUGAAAUUGGAGGAUCGUGGUUCCUACGUGGUUACUACAAUCGAGGAUCGGAACACGCAGCAGGAAUACCAGGUCCGGUCGAGCCAUGUUGUGGCCUGUGAUGGGGCAAAGAGCGCCGUGAGACGGUAUCUUGGUGUUGAGAGUGAAGGCGAGGACUCGUACGAAACUAUGAUGACGAUCCAUAUUAACGCCGAUCUGCGGCCGGUGCUGAAGGAUAGGGUGGGAAUGCUGCACUGGGUGAUGGAUCCUGAAGCUGCAGGCUUUAUCAUCGGAUACGAUCUGUCGGUAAACCAGGUCUUGAUCUGCAACUUUGACUCGGACAAAUACCCCGUCUCUGCAUGGAAUGAAGCGCACUGCCGCAAGGUCGUCGAUAAAGCCAUCGGGGCAAACGUGCCAUACGAGGUGCUCAGCUAUCGACCUUGGAUCCUGAGUCGCAAAGUCGCCAAGUCAUACCGCGUGGGGAAUGUAUUUCUUGCCGGCGAUGCUGCCCAUUCUUUCCCACCAACAGGUGGUCUGGGGCUGAACUCUGGAAUCGGUGACGUCCAUAACCUGGCGUACAAGCUGGCUGCCGUUCAUGGCGGCUGGGGGGGCGACCGCCUGCUCGACAGCUACGAGGCAGACCGACGGCAGGUUGCACUGGUCAACUCCCUGCAGAGCGUUAAGAACGGCAAACAGAUCUUUGGGCUGCUCAAGACGAUAGGGACUACCGAUCCGGACACCGACGCUGCGCGUCGCAACCUGUUCCGCAACAUCGACGACCACGCGAAAAUGCAGGACAUCAGCCAGGGGAUCGAGGAACAACGGGAGCAUUUCGACAACCUCGGACUCCAUGUGGGAUAUGUCUAUGGCGACGACAAGAUCCCACCCCAUGCAUCAACAUAUACGCCUGUCUGCAUUCCGGGCGCCAGGCUGCCGCACGCCUGGAUCCAGGUGCUUGCCCCGGAAAAGGUUCCACUGCCUGCGAUCGACUGCUCGUACGUGACCGACCUAUCGCCUGCCGAGGUGCGUGCCAAACAGUUCUCCACACUCGACCUGUGUGCCUUUGACGCCUUCACGCUCUUCGUCGAUGCCAGGAGCGCUGCCCUCUGGGAGCACCGUCUCCGGGACGUCCGACAGAGGCUCCCGCCGUCCGUCGCCGCGUCCCUCAAGCUCCGUAUAGCCGUGUGCGGGGUCGACUUCGAGCUGCAUCCAGGACACAACAGCACCGCAUGGCUGCAGCUCAUGAAACUGUCAGACGGCCAGGGGACGCUAGUCCGCCCAGACCAGCAUAUUCUGAUGUGUUUCGACAGCCAGUCGCGCCCGGAGGAGGUCUUGGACGCCCUUCAGGGGCACCUUGACCUAGACCUAGCGGGGUGACAGCGUCGGAAAUAGCGACCAAUCCUCUGGUAUUAUUAUCAAUUAGAAGAUAAAGAGCAUAAUAGAAACCACUUCACGAUAUUCGGUCACUACUCCGUCAGUUCGUCGUAUCCUAGCCCCCCAGGACCGACCGCCGAGCUCUC